CGGAGACAGAAAGGGGAAGGUUGUUUAGCCUUUGCAGUUACUGUGGCGUCACUGUUGGAGGAUUUUGAGUGUGAAUUUAUUUUGUUUUACUCCCAUAACUGACUGAUGGAAAGGGCAUCCUGCUAGGGGCCACCUAGCGACAUGUCCUUCAUGGAAGACCGAGAGCUACUGUGAGAUAAAAAAAAAAGAAAAAAAAUACAUUUGACCAUUUAAGAGGACAGACGCAGGCAGCCUCCUCGACCAAUGGCCUUCUUUCAACAGCUGCGACUUCUUCUCUGGAAGAAUGGGCUGACGGUUAUCAGACAGCCGUUAUGGUCCCUGACUCUCAUCAGCUGGCCUCUGAUCAUCUUCAUCAUCAUUGCUGUGACCCGCAACCAGUUUCCACCGAUAGUAAGAGAAACAUGUUAUGUGGCACCCCGAAACCUGCCCAGCACAGGUUUCUUCCCUUUCCUGCAGACCCUCAUGUGCAACACAGACAGCAACUGUCAUAACAAAUCACGUCUGGUGGACCCAGCUACUCAGAAAUCUUCAGGGAAUGCAAGGUCGACCGCCGUGCUGGAGAGUUCCCCACUGGCAAACUUGGUUCAAGGGGGAGAUUUUUUCAACUUUGCUUUCCCCGAUGACUCCAGAAAUGAUCCUGCAGCACUGAUUGAGGUCCUGAACAAUAUUUUGGGUGCAUCUGACCAAGGACGCCCUCAUAAUGUCUCUCUCAAGAACAGCACUCUUCUGGGAGAUCAGGAGACCUUGGACAAAAUGCUGGAGUCAGUGAACCUGUUGAAGAGGGUCAUCUGCACUGUGACACUGCCCAUGAUAAACACAACCUCCCCCGACCCCCUCACCUAUGCUGUGGUCACUUUCUGCAAGUCCAACAACACUGUGUUUGAAGUCUCGCUCGACACACUCAACCAGAUACUGACGCAGCUGAUGCUGACAGAACCAGAUGAGAUAGUGACGGUGGCUGGGAUGGUGGUGUUGGUGUUCGAUCAGCUGCAAAAUCAGACCUCACUGUGGGAAAGCCUUCUAGCUGUUCCCCAGCUCCUCUCUCAUGGUUCUGUUGACCAAGUGCUGAGCAGCACAGAGGUUCUACUGACCAACAUACAAGGCGCUAUGCAUGUCAUCCAGAGCAAUUUCCCUGAAGCUGGUGCCUCACUUUCCACCGUGCAUCCACUGCUUGGUGCAGGCAUCAACGUGAUCCGCUAUGUUCAAAACUGGCCUGGCAAAGAUGUGUCCAUUCCCCUCGGAGAGGUUGUCACGUUGCAGAAUGUCACAUUUAGUGAAAUGGUGAAACCUCUUCUACAAGGCAUCCAGAUACCACUGGAUAAGGCUAUUUUCCUGACAUUGGACAGGGACAUGGUGCAUUUCUACUUGUGUGAGAACAGCAGUAACCCAUUGUGGGUAACAACAGCGUGCAGCACAGGCACUGUGGACAUGCUCUUGCGUUGGAUCAGCCCUGAUAAAGUGGCAAAGCAGGCUCUCCUGGCAUGGAGUAAGCAUGUGGCUCCACGUGAUGUUUCAUUCGCCAAAGGGGUGCUGUACAGUCUGAUUGGAGGUUUAUCCCCAGGAGGACAGGGAGGCUCCAACAUCACGAGGGGCCGCCGUAGCGUAGUUACACAACCACAAAAUAUCGAAGAGGAGCUGUUUCUGAGCGUCGGUCAAGUGGUGAUGGAGAUUACAAAAAUUGUGCCUGAGGUGGACAUGGUUGUCCAGAGCAUCCUCAGAACUGGCUUUCAGUCCAUGAUGUCAGCAACACUGACCUUAGACACUGUAGAAGAAAUGAUGGCCAAUGUCCUGAAAGACGCCAGUCAGCUCAAAAAGACUUAUUUAAUGUUGCUAACAAACCAGUCUGAAGCAAGCGUUUGGAUUGGUCGUGUCCUGGACAGUGUGACGGAAAUGGUUAUGAAGAGUCUGACAUCUGAGUCUUUAACAUGUGAAGAUCUCCUGGGUCCCUUUGAAUGGCUCUUAAGCACUGAGAGCAUAAAGAUCGACGUGUGGAGAUCAGUGAUCUGCCAAAACAGCUCUACCCUACAGCAAGCUCUGCUGACGGACUGGCUGCCACUGAUUCAGAAGGCACAAGAGGUGUACGGCACAAUCACAGGCCAGGCAGACUACAACGUAACACUUCCCAUGAUCCUCUCUGAGUGGCACAAGCUGAACAAUAACAGUAUGCAGUUUGGAGUGCUUUUGAACAGAUUGGUCACAGAGCUGGGUGGAGCCUACUGGAUGAACUGGAUGCCAGACAACAGUACUCAUAAUGUCAUCGAGACUCUUCAACAAAGUGUUUUCAUGUUCAUGGUAAAUCUGGGAGAAAAGAUUGAGAAGAGUCAACUGUGGCCCGAAGUAAAGAGCUACUUCCACAUGGUUUUCUGGAUUCUGAACUACAGGCCUGGUGUUACAACUCAGCCUGCAAACUGUUCUGUUAACAUCUUCACCUUAGCCAUUCAAUGCAAUACUGGUCUGAACUGGCAACAGUUUGUUCAAGCAAUAACUCAGACUCUGAUGUCACCAAGCGAAGACUUCCUGUUGAAUGGUCUGAAAGGAACUUUGAAUCUGUUGCAGCAUGUUUAUGGCGACAUCUAUAAACAUCAGGCAGCAUCAUUUUUGAAGCAAGAAAUCAAAGGCGGAGAUGCACUGUCUGCCUACCUGAUUAACCUGAUGCAUAACCUGGAUUUCUUUUUCAAGACUGUCUCCACCCUUCCUGACAGCAGCAUCUCUAACCCUGAGGUCAUGCUUCCCCACCUCAGUAACCUGUUACAAUCCACAGGUCUGGCACCAAUGCUGCCUCUGUUCCUUAGCGGCAGCCCCCUUAAUGUCUCCACAGUGCUUGAUGUCGCCUCAAAGCUUGGCAGGCUCAACCAGCACAUUUUUACCUUCAGUGAGACAGACCCAACAAUGCCUGAGCUUGAGCAGCUGAUAAUGACUUUCCUUUCCUUGGAGGGUAACCUCACAUUGGCUCUCCCCCACAUCAUGGGGCACAGUCUGCUUACCUAUUCUGAAUACUUCCACCCUGAUGAUGUGGCCCGUCUCAAAGAAGCCAUCCAGCCUUUCACCAACCAAACUUCAGCAGGCCUUGUAGAGGCCAUCCUUAGUGCCAUGGAGAUACUGAAGACGGUGAUGGAUUCCCCCAGUGGUGACCCAACCAUUGUCAUUCUUGGGUAUAUACGCCAGCUUCAAGAACUGGUGAUGUCAAUGUACAGACUACGAAAAAUCGAACAUCUCCUGUUACCAAGUGGGCAGCUGAGUGCAGCACAAGUCACUGACCUCCACCUGCUUUCCAAGGACUUUCUCAACCUCCUCACCCCUGAGAGUAUUCAGAACCUGACUCAGGCUGGACCAGAUGCUGCCCAGAACGCUGUUAUUGAGAAAUUUGUAGCGUUCCUGCCAGUGAAUACCCAGCAAGAAGCUACUCACUUUCUCCAGGAUUUCAAAGCUCUGCAGUAUCAGAUGACCAAAUGUGCAGCAGGCCAGAACUGUUUGGCUGGAAUCUCAGAAAUCUUAACGUUCUUGGAUCAGAUAUUAGACAUGAUGCUCUCGGCCAACGGUAAUGUCACUAUCAAAAUAGAUCUAACCAGCUCUGCUCUGGAGGAAUGGGAACAUGAGGAACUUGCGUCGAUGUUCGUCUCACUCCUCCUGGCCCCAAAUGAUGCUGCCAUUGUGGAAACAUUCAAACAGAGUCUUCAUUUCAUCAGACUGCUCAUGGCCACACCAAAUAUUUCUGUGUCUGAUGUCCAGAAUGCUCUGGGACAGUCCAACCUAACCCUUGAGGAGCUGAAUAACUUUACAGCACAAGCUGGAGCUGCAAACAUAAAUGACCUGAUGGUUAAUAUAAUGGAGAUUAUCAAUGCCCGCCAGUGUUUUGAACCACAGCAUGACCCAACGGUGACAGCCCAAUGUGUUAUGGGAUUGAUAAACGGGAUCAGCGGUUUCCUGACACACCUGCCUGAUCUUCGCAACGAGACACCCAUCCUCUCACUUAUCCCAUUAAUUGUCAAUGCAACUUUCAGAGAUGUCGUCCAAUUCAACUUAAGCUCCAAUCCAAACAUGGCUCUCGUGCACACCUUGAACAGCACACUGGCCCAAAUCAAGUUGAACCUCCAGCUGAACCAACUGAACACUCCAGAGAUUAUGAAUGAAAUCAGAGUGGUGGAGGGUCUGAUACAACUAAUCGCCAACACGGAGCCAUUUACCAACAAUUUUAACACCACCUUAAUGAUGGACCCCAUGUAUGCCCAGAAAGUAUAUCUGGAGAUUGUGCAAUGGUACUUGAAAAGGCUAGAAAAUAUCACCAGCAACAGCUCGGUCUCAGAGCUCCUCCAUCCAUUUUUCUACCUCACACAAAUGCAGGUAACAUUACAGCUGGCACAGACAGAUCUCUCUUUGUUUGUCAGUAACCAGAUCGAGGUCCUGAUAAAAAGCCUCCAGUAUCCAAUAGAUGGUGCAGGGCUGAGUAAAAUCGGCCAGACAAUUGCUGAGAUUCUCACGCGCCUAUUUGACUUCAUAAAGGUCAACCUAGAGGUUCAGAAUAACAUCCCAGGUUCAGAGCCGAUGUUCAACACAACUGUUCUGAAUGCCAUUGAGUCCCAAAUAAAACUAUACCUUGACCUCAUACAGAAGUGGAUGAAGCAACCCAGUGUCCCGUUGGUCCUCACUAGUAUGCUCCAAUGGGGAAACUCCUCCAUGAAUGCAUCCACCCCUGUGACAGACAUCCAGCACCUGCUGCAAACGAUGGUUAAUUUUCUCAGUGAUGAUCAACUUGCCUACCUCUCUAUCAUUGGCAAUAUCACCCAUUCCCUCAACAAAGCCCUAAUGGUGGCAGAGCAACCAGGUGGCCUACAGAGUGAUCACUUCUUAGCUGCCAUCUUGGAAGCAGUCCAAAGUGCUAUGCCGCUCCUGAGUGGAGCCACAGGCCCCCUGCCACUUUCUCUACAGCAGAACAUCUUGGACAUUCUGCAGGACUCAUUAAAGCUCAUUGUCCAGCCAGACAUGAGUUUUGCCUCAUCACGUAAUAUCUCCCUGCUUAUCCUCAAGAGAGCUGAGAGCGUCGUCCAACAGACAGUGCCAGAAAUGUUUGCUGUGUACCUGCUUUCUGGUCUCAAAGUAGCAACCACAUAUUUUGAGAGCAUCUCCACAGCUGGUGGACCAGACAACUGGAAUCACUUGAUUUUGAAUGAGAUGAAGACUGUCCAGAGCCUUCUGCCGCCAAACAGCACAGCCCAGGCCUACGUUUCUGUAUUUAUUAACAUCACUCACUUCAUCUUGGAGUCCGGCCAAGGCAACAUGAGCCUCUGGGCAAAUUUUGAGAGUGCAUCAAUUGAAAAUGUGCCCAUGAUAAUUAGCCAGAUGAACAAACUCGUGAGCAUGCUCUGGCCACUUUUCAUGGGAAGCCCAGGCCCACAUCACACAAUUUUUUCAUCUCUGGAGGACUUUGCUGACCUUCCUCUGCUCCUGGAGCAGAUGAUGACUGGGAAGGCUGACCAAGACCUGUGGGAUAAACUUGAAAAGAUGCUAGAAACCCUACUGUCAACUCUUGAGGGAACAGAACUAUGGGACAAUGUCUCAUCUGUUAUCCCACUGCUUGAAAAAAGCAUCGGAAGCAUGGUGAACAACAUGCAAGCAGAGAAUGAGAUGAUACUAAACCUUCAGAUGCCUGUGCUGACCCUGAUGAGAGAAAUGGCACAGUCUGUGAACACCAGUCAUUUUAACGUGUCUGAGGUCUUGGCAAGAAUGCAGUUUGCCAUUGAACACACGGUGCAGGCAGCUCAGCAGGCUAAUGGUACAUUGGAGUGCAGUGAAGCUCUCAAAGCAUGGGAGCCGGUAAGAGAAGCAGCAGGGUUAAGCCACGCUGCCAUGACUAUGUGGUGCAACAUCAACCUGCAGCCUGUUUUGGAUGCCCAUGCUUCAGCUCAGACAGUCUACUCUCACCCGAACACGAGUCACAUGGGUGUGGGACCAAUGACUGUGAGUGCCACAGCUGCCCGGAUUGUCAAGGCCAUACAGUCUCUCUACCAAGUUGAUGUUAACCAAACACGUGUGACAGAGCAGCUUAUCGUGGCUUUCUCCAGCCAGUUCUCUAUGCUGGCAGGCCAGCCUCUGAGCCCUGAGGCACAGCUUUACUGGUACAAGCAGCUCCAGGAUAUGCAGUUACAAAACAGCUUGUCUUCCAUCAAAUUGCUCUCAGACGAGCUGCUUAGUGUGGCCCCAUUCCUCCAGCCUUACAUCGGAGGCAUAGAAAAAGCACUGACCCACAUUGUGAACAACUUCCAUCUUGUUCAAAACAGCAGUUCAUCCCAGGACCUCUUUGAACAAGCAGCAAUGAUCCUCCUAACCUCUGCCAACAUCACCCCGAAUGACCUCUUCCCUAUGAUGUGGGGAAAUUUUUCUGGAUUCGAUGUGGCGUCUCUUCCUCACAUGAUGAAGGAAGUCGUCAAACUGAUGACUGACUUGAAGAUAUUUGGGGAUGCGCCUAUGGUUUACCAGGCCUUGGAGCAAUUCUUGACAUCCAACGACACAAGCUUGAUCAUGCAGAAAGUGGCUGAGAUGUCUGCAUGGUUAGCGUCCACUCACGCGUCUGGACUGGAUCUACUGACCCAGGUGCUGCCCAAAAUAUACGACAUCCUUAGGUCUCUCUUGUCCAGCCUGACCAACAUGAAUAUGGAUGUGCCAGCAAACAUGGAGCUGUUUGAAGAUCUCGCUGGAAACAUAAUUGCAAUGCUGAGGCAGCUGGUGAGCACCGGCGGCCUUCUGGCUCCCAUGGAACAACAUCAGGGUAUGUUUCAGACAGCGAUGAUGGGCGGUAACCACACGACGAGGACCCGACACAGACGCGAGGCCCCUAUGAUGCCAACAAGAGACCCCAUGGAUGACUUUAUAGAUCUGUUGUACAUCAACUACCCUGCCAUGUUCAAAGCCAUCUCUGCCCCUCCAACCUCAGGAGAAAUUAUGGAGACAGUCCAUAUGUUCUUUGCCAAUCCUGAUCUGAGUGUUGUGUUGAAGGGAGCUACAAGUGGCAUGCCGUGGGGUUUGAAUGCCUCUCGGGAAGAGACUAUAAAUGCUGCCCUUGGAGUGCUCUCCUUUCUCACUCUACCUAGUGCAUUUCAGAUGUCAUCAAUGGAUCUCCUGACGAACGCUGCUGAUAUGCUUCCUGAUGGCUUUCCAUUCUCCUCUGUGCUUAAAAAUAUCACCAGAGUUCUGGCCAGUGAAUCUCAAGAGAGCCUGAUCCUCAUGCAGCAGACCAUCCAAACAGCCACUGAGCUCUUCCAAAUCAGCGUGACAGACCCACGAUUCACAGAGCAACUUGGCCACCUGAGGUCCCAGGUGUGUGCCUUGGAGAGUACAGAGUCCUUGCAUCUGUUGAUGUGGUCCCUCGCCAUAGAGCCUGGUCAGCUGUGUCACACUUUUCUGCCCAGCCUGCAGAUCCUGGUUGAGAGUCUGAUGAUGAAUACAACCACUCUGACCGACGCCAUCUUCCAGACCUUCUUCGGAGACCCAAGGACCUACAACGUUCAGGCAAACUGGACCUCUGUGUUGAGUCAAGGUUUGGAUUUUGACACCAGCAGCCUGAGCUCUCUCAACAUUAACAUCACCUCCCCAGGAGUGGUGACAGUCGGUGAAAUGCUGAGAAAUAAAACCGCCUUUGUUCUGGAUAUUCAGCAACACAUGGAUUUUGAUCCAGCAGCUCUGUACGUGCUGAUGGAAACCACUCUACCAAACAACAAUUUAGAGAUCCUGUCCUGGUUGGUGAAUCUGCGUCAAUGCAGCUCCAAAGCAUCCAUGAACAUGACAGAGACAGAUGUGGUCUUAAAGGCCUUCUGCUCCAUGUCUGUUGAACAGUGGUACAGCUUUUCACUGCUGAUGGCUCGCCAUCUCAACAUGGAAAAAGUCAUCUACAGGAUGGUGCUGUCUGAAGAAAUGCAGAGACUGGUGGGAAUCAUGCUUCAGAUGGCAGAGGUUAUUACGGACAUGAUGAACAAGAUCAUUCCCGCCAUUGGUCAGUUACAAAGCUACCUGCUCUCCAUCGAAGACCUCAACCUGGUGGCCAACAAUGAAUUUAACCAAAUGACCAGAGGACGGAGGUCCACCAUCUCUAGCCGAGCUACGUUCGUCACCCUCUCUCGAGCUUUGUGCAGUAAUGGUAUCCUGGCUCUGUUUGGACUCUCCAAGCUCCCCACCACAUCAGAGUCAAGCCCCUCCUCCCCCGAUAACCACCAGAGGGAGGAGAUGAUUGAGAGGUUCAAGAUUCCACGAAAUGCCACUCCCUUCUGUAUGAACAUGUACCUGGACAUGGUCAAUACCACAGGAGGAGCCAUCGCCUGGGCCUUCCUCAAACCGAUGCUGAUGGGAAAAAUCCUGUACACCCCCGAUACCCCUGUCACUAGGGCCAUAAUGGAGAAGGCCAAUGCCACCUUGCAGGAUUUUGCAAAUCUGCGGAAGUACUCAGAAGACUGGAUUGAAUCCUCCAACUACAUCAUAAAGUCUGCUGAAAUGCUCAGCCACACUUUGCCAAUGCUGCAGAAUUCCCUCGGCAAUUCCUUUGUGAAGAAUUUCAUUGAGAUGCAGACAGACAUCAAUGUCGACAGAAUGAAGGAGACGCUCAGCAACUUUUCAAACAUGACAGUGAUGCUGGAGAAGAACAAACACAUACUGAAUCAGAUCACCACCUUGUCCACCCUGAUGGUGAAUCUCUCCUCCUGUAUCAAGUUUGACCGUUAUCAUGGCUACGACUCUGCCGAGCAGCUCAACACUGUCGCUCAGGAACUUGCCAAAAAUCGUGAUCUCUAUGCAAGUGUCAUCUUCAAGCUCCCCAAAGAUGAGGACUCAUCCAGAAAGCGCCAGGCCAGGUCUUCGUCCUCCUCCUCCUCCUCGUCCUCCACCACAUCUUCCCUGCCUCCCAGAGUUAGCUACACUAUCCGGAUGCACAUGGACAAUGUCAUGCGUACUGACAGAGUCCGGGACCCCUAUUUUGUGAAGGACACGCACAUCCUGGCCAGGCAGACGAUGCGCUAUAACCGGGGCUUUGUCUACCUCCAGGAAAACAUCGAUCGGGCUAUUAUUGAGACCCAGACCGGUCAGAGAGUCACAGAUCUGGCCGUCCAGCUGCAGCCCUUCCCCUAUCCGUGCCAUCUCCGUGAUGAGUACCUGGAGGCCAUCUCUUUUGUCUUCCCACUCAUGCUGAUGAUAGCCUGGGUGCUGUUCGUGGCUGAUUUUGUGAAAAAACUGGUGCAUGAGAGAGAACUGAGACUGCAUGAGUACAUGAAGAUGAUGGGAGUCAACCCACUCAGCCAUUUCUUCGCCUGGUUCCUGGAAUGCGCUGCCUACCUGGUGUUGACCAUCUUCAUCCUCACUCUGGUGCUGAAGUACGGCAAAAUCCUGCCCAACAGUGAUGGCUUCCUCCUUUUCUUGUACCUCUGCGACUAUGGUUUGAGCAUCCUGGCCUUCAGUUACCUGGUCAGCUCCUUCUUUGACAAGACCUACAUCGCCGGCCUGAGUGGCAGCCUCCUCUAUAUCCUCUCCUUCUUCCCUUUCAUCGUGGUCAUGGCCCUGGAGACGAAUCUCACCUUUUCCCAGAAGAGCGCUCUGAGCUUGUUUUCCCCGACCUGUUUCAGUUACGCCAGUCAAUACGUCUCUCGCUACGAGUCCCAAGGAGAAGGAAUUCAUUGGAGCAACUCAUACACCUCACCCAUAGCUGAUGACACAGCCUCAUUCGGUUGGCUGUGCUGGCUGAUGCUCAUUGACUCCAUCCUCUACUUCAUCAUCGGUGCUUACAUCCGCAUGGUCUUCCCAGGAAAAUAUGGCAUCCCGGCUCCAUGGUACUUCCCCUUCAAAGCCUCCUUCUGGGCCGACCUGUGCUGUUGCAUUAAGCCAAAGAGUAAGGCGGGCAAAGGACUUCUCUUCACCAACAUCAUGCAGAAAAACCAGCCUGUCUUCUCUGACAACAAAGGAAAAGGUCAGAGCACUCUUUCCUCCCAGGCCGGGGAGGAUUUCUCAGAGUUCCCAGUGGGCGUUGCCCUCCACGGUCUCAGCAAGAUAUAUGGCGACCGAGUAGCUAUUCAAAACCUUAAUGUUUCCUUCCACGAGGGCCAUGUCACUUCAUUGCUUGGUCACAAUGGAGCUGGCAAGACCACCACCAUGUCCCUCCUGACUGGCCUUUUCGCCCCAACAUCUGGCACAAUAGAGGUGUAUGGCAGAGACAUGCAGACCAACAUUGAUGACGUUCGCAAAGAGCUGGGCGUCUGCAUGCAGUACGAUGUCCUCUUUGACCACAUGACCACCAAGGAGCACCUGCUGCUGUACGGCCAGAUCAAGGCCCCACACUGGUCACGAAGGGAACUGCAUGAGCAAGUCCGAACGAUCCUAGAGGAGACAGGCAUGUACGCUCACAGACACAAGCGGGUGGGCACCCUGUCGGGCGGCAUGAAGCGCAAGCUGUCAAUCUCCAUCGCCUUCAUAGGGGGCUCUCGCUUGGUGGUUCUGGAUGAGCCCACCACAGGAGUCGAUCCCUGCUCCAGGCGUAGCAUCUGGGACAUUGUUAUCCAGCAUAAGAAACAGCGCACCAUCAUCAUGUCCACCCACCAUCUGGAUGAGGCUGAAGUGCUGAGCGACUGCAUCGCCUUCCUGGAGAGAGGCGGAUUAAAAUGCUGCGGAUCCCCCUUCUACCUGAAAGACAAGCUGGGUCAGGGCUACAAACUCACCCUCACCAAGAAGAUGCAGAACCUAGAAUCUGAACAAAUUGACAAUGCUGAACUGAAGGCGUUUAUCCAAGCCCAUAUACCUGAAGCACGGCUGAAGGAGGCCCAGGGGGGAGACUUGGUCUACUCACUGCCCCCCUUCACGUCAUCCAACGCCUCCUCAUACCGCUCCCUCCUGACCGCGCUGGACUCUAACCUAGAGGCCCUGCAGCUAGGGGGCUAUGGCAUCUCUGACAUCACCCUAGAGGAGGUGUUCCUCCAGAUGACGCAUGGAAACACAGAAAAUGGGGCUGACAACGGCCCCUUGUCUAUCUCAGAGACAGUUUGUGACACAGGCUCCAUUGACAGCUUCCCUUCAGACCCCAGUGAAAGCCUUGGUGACAGGAUCAAGCUUACCGGAUCAUCCAUGGUGUGCGGCAUGGCGCUGGCCUGGCAGCAGAUGUCGGCCAUACUGAUCAAGAGGUUCCACCACAGCCGCAGAGACUGGAAGGGCCUGAUCUCCCAGGUCCUGCUUCCUGUUCUGUUUGUGGUGUUUGCAAUGGGUCUGGGAUCCAUCAAAAGCGAUCUGCGACACUACCCUGAGCUGGAGCUGAGCCCUGCGCUGUACAACAUCGGACCAAGCUACUCCUUCUUCAGUAACCAAAAUCCUAACUCAAGCCAGCUGGUGGAUACCAUGUUGUCAUUCCCUGGGAUCGAUAACGCCUGCCUCGACAAGUCUGAUAACCCGGUCUGCACGAGAAACACACACAAGUGGAGUUCCAGAGGGAACAGCUCCAAACCGUUUAGCAUCUGUAAAUGCACCAGUGAGGAACAGAUUUGUAAUGGGGACAACUUCCAGCCGCCGCAUGAGAAGAUCCCUUCGUCUCAGAUUGUCUACAACCUCAGUGGCAUCAAUGUGGAGAACUACCUGGUGGCCACAGCCAAUGACUUCAUCAGGAACAGAUAUGGUGGCUUUGAUUUUGGCAUGCAGCUUCCUCCGGACUUGCAAAUGGACCUAAGAGCAGUGCCCAAAAACCGUAGUCUGUCUAAGGUCUGGUUCAAUCCUGAGGGCCAUCACACAAUGCCAGCAUACUUAAACAGCCUCAACAACAUUAUCCUACGCUCCAAUCUUCCAGCAGACAAGGAUCCACGUAAAUACGCCAUUUCAGUCUCCAGCCACCCGUAUUUUGGUCGGGCGGAUGAUGAAGAUGCAGUUGUUCAGGGAAUGCUCCACAUCCUUGUGGCUAUGUGUGUGCUGACGGGUUACUCAAUCACAACAGCCAGUUUCGCCAUCUAUGAAGUGAGCGAGCACCACAGUGGCUCCAAGAGGCUCCAGCACAUUGCCGGCAUCAGCGAGCCCUUCUACUGGGCUGUGAACUUCUUUUAUGACAUGGUCAUCUAUCUGAUCCCUGUGACUUUGACUGUUGGUGUGAUUGCAGCCUUCCAGAUUCCAGCGUUCACAGAACGGCAAAAUUUGGGUGCCAUCGCUCUCCUUCUAGUGCUCUUCGGGUUUGCUACCUUCCCCUGGAUGUAUCUGUUAUCAAGUGUCUUCAAGGAUGCAGAAAUGGCCUUCAUCACCUAUGUGUGCAUCAACCUGUUCAUCAGUGUCAACACAAUCAUGUCCACCUCCAUUCUCUACUUUCUGGGCCAGAUUUCAAUGCGAAACCCUGAGAUCAUCAAGGACAUCUUCAAUAGGCUGAGCCAAGCCUUCCUCAUCUUCCCCCAGUUCAACUUUGGAAACGGGCUGAUGCAGCUGGCUAGGAUGAACAUAGAGGUUCAGAUCCUCAGUGGCUACGGCAUUGACGCCUAUCAGAACCCGUUCUCCACAGACGCCCUGGGCUGGAUGUUCAUCUCCUCCUUCAUCCAAGGCGUGGUCUUCUUCACCCUGCGCCUCCUGCUCAACAAGUUUCUUAUGCGUAAAGUCAGGCAUCUGAUUUGUGGAAGAAAGACGGUGCCACAGGUGGCUUGUGAGGACGAAGAUGAGGAUGUGGCAGCUGAGCACCUACGGGUGUCCAGUGGAGCAGCCAGCUCAGACAUACUGCAGGUCAACCAGCUCACUAAGGUCUAUCAACACCUAAAGAAGAAGGUCCAUGCUGUCAAGAGACUCUCUGUGGGCAUCCCUGCAGGAGAGUGCUUUGGUCUGCUGGGAGUGAACGGAGCAGGUAAAACUACCACCUUCAAGAUGCUGACUGGAGAUGUUAGCCCCACCGACGGCACAGCACAGAUCAGGGACCGGGACGGGCGGUUGGUAGACAUCAUGGAGUGCCGUAACAAGGGAAUUAACAUCGGCUACUGUCCCCAGGUGGAUGCACUGGACAACCUGCUCACUGGAGAGGAGCACUUAUACUUCUACGGUCGCAUUCGAGGCAUCUCAAAGAGGGAGAUAGAAGGGGUGGUGAACUACCUACUGAGGAGGCUGCAUCUGAACAGCCACAGAAACAUCACUACUGACGGUUACAGUUGUGGCACCCGCAGGAAGCUCUCCACGGCGCUGGCUCUCAUUGGGCAUCCGCAAAUCCUGCUCCUGGAUGAGCCAAGCUCUGGCAUGGACCCUCGCACCAAGCGUCACCUGUGGAAAAUCAUCUCUGAAGAAGUCAAGGGAAAAUGUGCUGUGGUCCUCACCUCCCACAGCAUGGAGGAAUGUGAGGCACUGUGCAGCCGUCUUGCCAUCAUGGUGAAAGGUCAGUUCCGAUGCCUGGGCUCCCUGCAGCACAUUAAGAACAGGUUCGGCAGCGGGUUCACUGUGAAGAUGUACUUGGCCGAGGCCUCCUGUGAUGCAGAGGCAAUCACUGGCUUCAUGCAGGGCAGAUUCCCCAGCACUUAUCUCAAGGACCAGCACUCUACUAUGUUGGAGUACCAUGUACCAGUUGCUCCAGGAGGGGUGGCUGACAUCUUCGACCAGCUGGAGUCCAACAAGAAUGCUCUGCAGAUCAAACACUUCUCUGUGAGCCAGACCACACUGGAUGAGGUCUUCAUCAACUUUGCCAUGGGAACAACUGGCAUGGAAACCAUACCAAUUCACAGUGAAGAUGAGACUGAUGACCUUGGUUUCAUUAAGGCAGUACAAACAUAGAGCUGGCUGCCAUCUUUUCUUUAUCACCUUUGUCCACUAUGAAAUGAAACACAGUACAGUAUCUGUUAAUAAUAAAUCUGCCCUUAAUAUAUAUGUCUGUGUGAGUGUGUGCAUGUGUGUGUGGAAAAAAAACAUUGGCUUAUGCUUGUUAUUUCUUUAACGUCUCUUGACAAAUGAUAUGAAGGGUAACUUUCUUUCGUAUCACCAAAUUAAACUCUGAACGAAAAAACAAAAGAGCACAUUCACAUUUGCACAACUGAAGUCUUAUGAUUCCUUUAUCUUGCUGUUAACAUGACAGCACAUGUACGUUUACCUCAAGAUCCUAUUAUUUAUGAAGGAAAAAAUGAAUCUUAUUGGCUAUUGAUUUCUCUCUGUGGGUGGGUCACUAUAUGUUAUACCACAGCAAAUCAAAAACAGUAUGUAUUUUAUGUUUUAUGUUUUUAAUCAUUUUCAUUUGAUUUUACAUCAUCUUAGAGUGCUCACACUAAAUACACAAUGUGUCUCAAAAAAUAUAUUUUUUAAAAAUCUGAGGGACAUGUCAUCACGCCUACUGGAUGAAAUUUAACAAAUAUAUAUUUUUUUCCACACAAAGAAGAAAAUCCUCAAUAUGCACUUUCCCCCUACUCAUUAACACUUCCUCUAAAGGCAUAUCUAACUAGUAGAAUGAAUAAACUGAAUAUUUAAUGUACUCUUUCCUACUCAUGAACCAGUUCCAAAUGGUCUUGAAUGUAUCAUUUUUAUAUAAUUCUAAUAAAGCUAUUUUUCAAAUGCA